AUGAAGAUACGCAUUCCUAGGCCUCGCCUACGAGUUUUGCAGGGAGAGUCUGCAUUUGCAUCAGGUAAUGCACGGUGGACAAAUAUUGAUCUUGACCCGAUCGCCAAAGAUCGUCGUAAAUGGGCUGCAUCCAGUCUUAUAGCAUAUUGGAUCUCAGAUGCCUUCAAUGCGGCCACCUGGCAAUUUGCCAGUAGUAUUAUUGCCGUUGGACUCACGUACCGUGAAGCGCUGGGGAUCGUCGCCUUGUCCUUCUUCAUCAUGUCCUUUGUUAUCGCUGCCAAUGGUGCUGUCGGCGCCAUAUACCAUGUUCCAUUCCCCGUCAUUGCCCGUGCUAGCUGGGGAUUCUGGGGCUCGUAUGUUGCUAUCAUAUCACGGGUCAUCCUUGCUAUCUUUUGGUUCGCGAUUCAAAAUGUGAAUGGUGGCAAUGCUGUCCGCGUCAUGAUUGGUGCUAUCUGGCCCAGUUACUUGAAUCUGCCAAACGGGAUUCCCGAGUCACAGGGUAUUACAACCAACGGUAUGAUCGGGUUCUUUAUCUUUUGGGUGGCCCAGAUCCCGUUCCUGUGCAUGCAUCCCAACCGAUUACGUUGGUUGUUCACAGUGAAAUCUGUGCUGGUUCCUAUUGCCUGGAUUGCCAUUUUGAUAUGGGCCUUUGUCGCCGAAAAAGGUGGCGGUGGUGUGUUUUCGAAACAGACCUCAACGGUAUCCGGCUCGAAGUAUAGCUGGCUGUUUUUGGCCAACAUGACAUCGGUCCUCGGCAAUUACGCAACAUUGUCAGUGAACCAGUCUGAUUUCUCUCGCUACUCGCGCGUCAGUCCCCGCUGGCAACUACUCUAUGUUCCAAUGCUACCCAUUGUGUUCACUUUCAUCUCCUUCAUCGGUAUUGCCGCCUCAUCUGCAGGCCAAACCCACUACAACCUAUCUUCCAUCCCAUGGGACCCAACGGUCUUGAUUAGCUACUGGCCUAAUCGUGCUUGUCGGUUUUUCGGCGCUUUUUCCUUUGCACUGGCUUCCCUAGGCGUGAACAUCUCGGCCAAUUCACUCUCCGCCGCUAAUGAUUUCACUGCACUGGCACCGCAGUAUAUCAACAUCCGCCGUGGCCAAAUCUUGUGCGCCCUGUUAUCGUGGUGUCUUGUGCCUUGGAAGAUCCUCGAGUCAGCAGGUAAUUUCCUUACUUUUAUGUCUGCUUACGCCAUCUUUCUGGGUCCUAUUGCUUCCAUCAUGCUCUUUGACUAUUGGGUCGUCAACCGUCGUCGCUAUGACACCCUUGCCUUGUAUCAGCCCAAAAACCCGAUCUAUCGCUAUGCCUUUGAAGUGCCAGGUCUCCCGGGCAAGAGCGUGUCUGGUGUGAACUGGCGCGCUAUUGUGGCAUUUCUUGUUGGCGUUAUACCGAGUCUGCCUGGCUUGAUUAACUCGGUCAAUGCGAGGAUAGAUGUCGGGGUCGGUGAGCAUCCAUAUCAGUUUGGCUGGCUACUCGGCUUCGUCGCGACAACUAUUGUGUAUUUGCUGUUGUCAUGGAUCUUUCCUGCUUUGGAGUCUCGGGUUGACCGUGCGGUUCUGCCUGACGAAGUCUACGAGGAGAGAGACACGGUAGUGGAAGGCCUGGAAGCAGAUGAUUCAGACAGGAAGGAAGUGAGGUCAGAUGCACAUGAAAAAUCCCUGGAUGUAGAAAAGGUUGCCUAG